AUGGCUCCUUCCAUCAGCGUUGACUUUGCCAAUUCUGAGCUCUCCAACAAGGAAAAACACAAACUGAGAAAGCCAGCGGUGGAGAAGAUGCGUCGGGAUCGCAUCAACAACAGCAUCGAGCAGCUCAAGGCCAUGCUGGAGAAGGAGUUCCACAAGCAGGACCCCAACGCCAAGCUGGAGAAAGCCGACAUCCUGGAGAUGACCGUGCUCUUCCUGAAGCAGCAGCUGCUGCAGUGCCACAGCCAGGCCGGCAGCGGCCGCGGCCCUCAGCAGCAGCAGCAGCAGCAGGCCCACAGCGACGGCUACUCGCAGUGCUGGAGAGGAGUCCUCAGCCUCCUGCCGGUCAAAGCUGAGAUGGACUACUCCUCUUCCCUCCGUAACAACUGUCACGGUGUCCAGACUCCGAGCAUCACCGUGCCCACGGACUUCUCUCCAGUGUCCCCAGUCCUCCCCUCUCCUCAACACGACCACCAGGCUCUGGUGAAGCAACUCUCAGUCACUAAGAAGUCUGUCUGGAGACCCUGGUAA